AGGUAAUUAAUCUCUACGCUUCUCUCUCUGCAAUUACUCCUUGAGAGCUUCUCUCUCUAGAACAUUGAGUAUUGCUGACUUGAGCGUUGGAGUGUUUUCCCCGAGGAAACAACCUCGGGAUUUUCAGGCCAAUGCCAAGAAAUCUUUUUGUAGGAGGAGCCGAACAGGAUCACCUAAGUGAAACGGAUGAUGAAAGAAUACCAACUGGGUAUGCAACCCAGCCUGAACAGGUCCAAGUUCCAACAGGAACAAGACGAAGACCUUCUAGACCACACAAUUCACAGCAUGAACGACCUGAAGGGUCAACAGAACCUGCUCGGACAACCGAGCUCGAAGAGAGAACUAGAGUUCUCGAAAUGGCAAUGGGUAAAAUCCUUGCCCGCCUAAUUCCUGAUGACCCCCUGAUUCCUUUGCUGAACAGGGAUGCACAACCAGCUGUGGUUGUUGCAACUAGAAACUCCCCUGCUCUAAGCAAUAUAGUAGUGCCGACCAGGCCAAGGGGAAGUGGGAAGUUGAAUAUCGAGCCCAGCUCGUCUAAACACAGUGAAGAACUGAUGAGAAAGAACGCAGAUCUUGAAAGACAGCUGCGGGACAUACAAAAAUCUAUUGACGAGCUGAAAAGUCCCAGGUCGCACCAACAGACCUUGGAUUUGGAUAGUGCACCACUAAACUUAUCCAUUACGGCAGAGCUGUAUCAAGAGGGAUUCAAAAUUCCCCACCUAGAGACAUAUGAUGGCACGGGUGACCCUGAUGAACAUCUGCACACCUAUCAAGCCAUCAUGAGAAUCCAAAACGCCAAUGACGCCAUGAUGUGCAAAGUGUUCCUGGUAACACUAAAAUCAACAGCCAGGAGGUGGUAUCACAAACUCCCCAGACAUUCAAUAAAUUCGUUUUCCCAGCUCGCCAAGCUGUUUUCUAACAAAUUCGCGAGCCAAAGGGAGAUUAAGCGCACAGCAACUGAGCUGAUGCAAGUUAAUCAGAAGGAAGGGGAGUCUUUGAGGGAUUACAUGCAGCGGUUCAACAAAGCCACAUUGGACAUUGAUAAUGUCCCAGACACGAUCUGCCUGUCCGCCCUGUUGCAUGGGUUGAAGCGUGGCCGGUUCCUCGAUGACCUGCUUGAAAACCCACCGAAGACGUGGAACGAGGUGAAUGACAGGUCGGCCAGCUUUAUACUGUCAGAGGACUUUCAGUCGUCCAAGCGACGAGCUGAUGAUAAGCCGAGCAGAGGCCAGGAGCAACAACCGAGAAGAGAAGAAAAAAAGAAGCAGAAGGUCAGUGAGCAAUGGGGAAAACCAGCUGAGUUCCCGAAAUAUGCCAGUUACAUUCCGUUGACCUUACCUAGGUCUCAAAUCCUGGCACAAAUUCAGCACUGGGUUCGGAGACCUCCACCCCCACUACAUGAUUCUCCGAGGGCAGAUAAGAGCAAGCAUUGUGACUACCAUCGUGUAUAUGGUCACAACACAGAGGACUGCCAACACUUGAAGGACGAGUUAGAGUUUUUCGCUCGUAACAGGAAGCUAGAAGGGUAUGUUCAGAAGCCUCACACCCAGCAACCCACUCAAACCCAUUUUGUACAGGCGUACGAUCGACCUCAAGGACACAGGUACCAGCACGGAGGGACACACGAUGCAUAUCAGGAUAACCAGUAUCCUUCUGAACAGGGCAGAGCAUACCGAGGACGUCCUUUCAACAGGAGAGGGCAGGGACCGAGAACUACCGCCCCGAAUCAAAAAGACAGGAAAGGAGUAGGUUAUGCUAGGAUACCCCCACCUUCUGGUACAAUAAACAUGAUAUCGGGUGGUGUUCACUCAGGGGGCCAAAGCGCCCGAGCUCGCAAGGCAUAUGCCCGACAGGUGAUGACCGUCAACAAAAAUAGACCCUUGAAACGGCCGUUUGAGGAAGCAGAAUGGGAAAACGCGCCCAUCACAUUCAGCCUGGCAGAUUACAAGCGAACAGAAGGAGAGCCCGACAUUAUGAUGCCCCAUGCAGAUCCCUUUGUGGCAACAGUUCAUAUAGGCAAUCAUAAUGUCAAUAAGGUGUUUAUUGACACUGGCAGCUCACCAGAUAUCCUAUACUAUCUGGUGAGCUUCCAGAAGAUGCAGCUAAAUCCGAGCUCGUUGCAGAAGCACGAAAGGCCAAUAUACGGGUUUGAUAACCAGCCCGUCCCAGUUGAGGGAGUUAUUACUCUUCCUAUAUACGUGGGCUCAGAACCGCGCUUCAGGAUGGCUUCUGUCACCUUCCUGGUCGUUAAGAUGGAAUCAGCUUUCAAUGCUAUAUUAGGAAGAGCCACCCUGUGCGAGCUGAAGGCUGUUAUCUCACAGCCCCACCUCUGUAUGAAAUUCCCAACUCCUCAGGGGGUAGGAGUGCUGAAAGGGAAUCAGAAGAUGGCUAGAGCCUGUUACCAAGACACGUUCAAGAAGGUCCAACUGUUGUUAGACGACCAGGAAAAAACGGCUUUUUACGCUGGUGACGCAAUAUACUGCUAUGUCAUGAUGCCUUUUGGCUUAAAAAAUGUUGGAGCAACAUACCAGAAGCUGGUGCAAAUCAUCUUUAAGCUCCAGAUCGGCAGGAACAUAGAAGUGUACGUAGAUGAUAUGAUAGUCACCAGCGUGCGGGCUGAGGAUCACAUUAACGACUUGGACGAGACAUUUCAAAAUUUGCGUCGAGCUCAAAUGAAAUUGAAUCCCUUAAAAUGCACGUUUGCUGUGGAAUCAGGGAAAUUCCUCGGGUACGUGGUAUCCAAGAAAGGAAUCGAAGUAAACCCAGAGAAGGUUGAGGCUGUUCAGCAGAUGGAGCUGCCAAGGACUGUCAAAGACGUGCAGCGUCUGACGGGCCGUGUUGCGGCGCUGCACAGGUUUAUAGCCAGGUCGGCAGAAAGAUGCCUCCUGUUCUUCAAGGCCCUGAGAGAGCCCAAGAACUUUCAAUGGACCGAUGCGUGUCAGCAGGCUUUUGACGAGCUCAAACGGUACUUGGCGUCAGCGCCCCUGCUGUCCAAGCCUGUGGAGGGGGAGAGCUUGUAUUUGUAUUUAGGGGUUACAGCAGAGGCGGUUAGCUCGGUCUUACUCAGGGAAGAGAACAAGAAUCAGAAGCCUAUCUGUUAUGUGAGCAACGUCUUACAAGGCGCCGAGCAGAAUUACCCAGUAGCAGAAAAGGCCGCUUUUGCCUUAGUUUACACAGCUCGUAAGUUGAGAGCUUACUUUCAAUCACAUCCGAUUAUUGUCUAUACCGAUUUGCCGUUGAGAAAAAUACUGCAGAAACCUGAGCUCUCUGGUCGGCUUAUUGGAUGGAGCGUCGAGCUGAGUGAAUAUGACUUGAAGUUUAAGCCACGCACAACCAUAAAAGGCCAGGCCAUUGCAGACUUUCUGGUAGAAUGCGUCUCGGUGACGGAGGGAGACAAGGUACUUGAUUACCCAGCCUGGGUUCUGUAUGUUGAUGGAGCUGUUAACGUUGAAGGGUCAAGUGCUGGGGCUGUGUUGAUAGGCCCAGAUGGCUUUAAAUCUGAGCAUGCAUUGCGGUUUAAGUUCCAGACCACUAAUAAUGCUGCUGAGUAUGAAGCCCUCAUCUAUGGUUUGAAAUUGGCGUCCAAGCUGAAGGUACAGAGCAUACAAAUUUUCAGUGAUUCUCAGCUCGUGGUGGGCCAGGUAAAUGGCAACUGUGAAGUUAGGGAUCCCCAGCUUGGCCGUUACACCUCUGUGGUUAACGGAUUGAAGUUAAGAUUUGCUUCAUUUAAGAUCGACAAAAUACCAAGAGCUGACAACCACCGACCUGACGAGCUGUCAAAGUUGGCUUCCUCGCGGGACUUUAACCCUCAGAGGUCAACCAUCGUCGAAGUGCUAGACGCUCCGAGCUACACCGAUUUCGCGGUCGAGUGUCAGCUACUAAGCACAGAUCCCACCACGCCGAGCUGGACUACCCCACUUAUAAACUACUUACAAAGUGGUGAGCUACCUGAGGAUCUGUCCGCUGCGAAAUUAGUUAAGCGAAAGGCAGCCCAUUUCACUUUGUUAGAUAACCAGCUCUACAAGCGAGCAGCCUCAAUGCCCCUAUUACGCCGCCUCACUCCUUACGAAGCUGAAUACGCUGUGAGAGAAGUUCACGAAGGAGUGUGUGGCACGCACAUCGGCGGAAAAACUUUAGCUCGGAAGCUACUAAGGCAUGGUUACUACUGGCCCACUAUGGUUGAGGACGCGCAGAGUUAUGUCAAAAAGUGUCCGACCUGCCAGUUCAAUGCUGAUGAUAUACACAUGCUAGGGGAAAUGCUAUCAUCUCUCACGUCUCCCUGGCCCUUUGCUCAAUGGGGUGUCGACCUGCUCGGCCAUUUUAUCAAAGGCAAAGGAGGCUGCACUUUCUUGGUCGUUGCAGUGGAUUACUUCACUAAGUGGAUAGAAGCUAAACCGCUAUCCACGACAACAGAAAGGAAAAUAGAAGAAUUCUUGUUCAAUUCAAUAUUGUGCAGGUUCGGCAUACCUAAGCGAAUUAUCGCCGACAAUGGGCCGCAAUUCCGGGCAGCAGCACUGAGAUCGUUCUGUAACGACUAUGGCAUCGAGCUCGCUUUUGACGUCCGUGUAUACUCCAUAGUCCAACGGGCAAGCCGAGUCAGCCAAUAAAAUCGUCUUGCGAGGCCUCAAGACACGCGUUUUGGCUGCGCAUUCCAAUUGGGUUGACGAGCUCGAUAAAGUGCUUUGGUCUUG